AUGGAACGCACAACAUGGCUCGAUGGCCUACGGGGUAUCGCAGCAGCUAUUGUCGCAACCGACCACUAUUUUAUGGGUGGUGUCUUAGAUGUAGCGUUUCGUUCAUACUGGGCUGAUCCUCCAGAAGAGAAUCGACGGCUUAUUCAGCUACCACCGAUACGAAUUUUGUUUGCAGCUCAUGCCAUGGUUCCAUUAUUUCUAGUCAUUUCAGGCUAUGCAAUUUCAGUGAAUCUCUUACGAUUACGAAGCAGUAGUAGCGACUUCCUGCGCCGACUCUCUUCUGCUGUCACUCGCAGAAUCCUACGCAUCUACCUGCCGGUCUUUUGUAUUGCCACUAUCUCCCAAAUUCUAUAUUUCUGUAAUAUUUUCCAUUGGAAUUUUGGGGACGAGGUUGUUUGGGGCCGGAAACCAUGGACGGCGCCCUGGUUUCACAUCACCUAUUUGUUUCGCUAUAUGAUGGAUAUGCUGAAUAUCAUCACUUUCCAGGGAAACCCCGGCUUGAAUGGACAACUCUGGACUAUGCCAUUUGAGUUCCGUGGCUCCUGCGUCAUUUAUAUCACGGUAUUGGGAUUUGCAUUUUGGCGACCACAGCUUCGGCGCAUCGCACUAGCAUCGCUGGUGGCAUACUGGUUCUACUUUGGGCUAUGGGACAUCUUCGCAUUCUUGGCAGGUCUAUAUCUAGCUGAAAGCCGAAUCUUGUCCGAACAAGAGAACACGGACGGGGAAGCAAAACUUCCCUAUUAUUCCAUACAGACCUGGACAACUGGAAUUAGGUCGAUAAAUUUCAACACUAUCCGAACUGUCGUGUGCCUCAUCUUCGGUAUCCACCUGGUGUGUCUCAGUGACGAUGGUUUCCUCCCACCCGGAUAUCAAUUCUUAAAACUCGUUGAAUCUUCGCGCUGGGAUAAUGACUGGGCAACUGUGAGCAAAUGCUGGAAGACGGCAGGUUCCGUGCUUAUUGUCUAUGCGAUCGGCAAGUCGGGUUAUCUUCAACGAUUACUGAAUUCACGCCCGAUGCAAUACCUUGGCAAAAUCUCUUUCUCGCUCUACCUGGUGCAUCAAUCAAUAUAUCACCUCGUUCGCGACCCUAUACGAGAUUUCCUUUGGUUUGUCGUUACGCGAGAGGGAUAUCCUGGAGAUACAGCCAGCGAGCGCACCUUUCCCUUUGCAUUCUCUUGGCUUGUGGGGUAUGUUAUUCUUGCUGUGAUCAAUAUUUAUGUGGCACACUUGUAUACGCGAUACAUUGAUGAACGAUGCGUGGAGGUUGCAAAAAGGUUUGAGAGAUGGGUCACCAGGUAG